CAUUACACCGCUGGUAGAUAACCAACCGCGGAAGGUAAAGUCUGUCAUGAGUUACAGGUUAAAGGGUAGCUUCGCCAACGGCUCGGAGCUCUAUGUGUUGGCCAACGUCUGGUUUAGCUAGUUAGUUAGCUUGUUAUCUCCCGUGGUGACUCGAGGUUAAGUCAGCGAGCUCCGCUAGCCUUUUUUUAAUGGCUGUCAUUGAAUUUUGUGACCGUUACUUCUUAAGCGUUCACUAAGCUAACGGUUAUGGCUGCGCGCGCAUAUAUAUGUUCACGCUCUGCUCGCUCGCGCCAUACCAACAGGAACACACUUCUUGCCCCAUUUAACUAAUUAGCCGUUUGAGCUAGCUAUGCGUUCCGCGUUAUCUCAGAAUAACGUCAGCCCUCCCGGGUCGGAUUAUCGCACUCAGCGGGAGACAACUGUCGCCCCCCGGCCGCCCAGCGGCGUCGCUCGUGGCGGCGUUUCGCGCAAUGAGUGAAUAAUGAACCGUUAUGUGAAAGUCAAGAUUCAAGUCGAGGACAUGAAGUCACUGGGCGAGGAGGAGGAGGAUGCGGGGAAGAAGGGCGUGGGUGCCGAGGAGCAGGUGCCAGCUGGUUCUCCCCCGGCUUCCGUCUCGCCCGACCCGGCCGGCGUCACCAGAGCCGGCAGAGAUGCGUCCAUCCUCUGCAGGCACCGGGUCACAAGUCGAAGUAAGCUGGGGCAGGAUGCCAAACACUCUGGCUCUGUGGUUUCUGUUGGGAAACACUUGAAUAGACUCGGGCACGAGCGGGCCCUUCAUAUCAAAGGAACUGGGACAAUACUGCGGGGCAAGUUGGAGACUAAUGGGAAUUAUGUAAACACCCAUCCAUCCCAAAACAAUCAGGAAACACGCCGCGAGGACGGAUUUAAGGUCGCGAGGAAGAGGAGACCGGUGACGGUGGACAUCUCCAAAGCCAAAACUUCACUGGAGGCGCUCAAGUUGAGCAUCAAGCAGCUCAAGUGGAAAGAGUUUCCUCUGGGAAGACGGGCGCCCUGCGACAUCUACUGGCACGGCGUUUCCUUCCAUGACAGCGACCGCGUCGUCUCAGGGCAGGUGAACAAGUUCCCAGGUAUGAUUGAAAUGCUGCGGAAGAUCAACAUGAGUCGGGCCGUGAGGACGAUGCAGGAGCUGUUCCCGGAGGAGUACGACUUCUACCCGCGCUCCUGGAUCCUGCCGGAGGAGUGCCAGCAGUUCUCCGCCCAGAUCCGCAUGGUGAAGGAGAACGACGCCACAUUGAACCCCACCUUCAUCGUCAAGCCGGACGGCGGCUCUCAGGGCGACGGCAUCUACCUCAUCCGUGACCCCGGCGACCUGAAGCCCAUGGUGGGUCCGCAGGCCAAGCAGGCCUUGGUCCAGGAGUACAUCCAGAAGCCGCUGCUCAUCGACAAGCUGAAGUUCGAUAUCCGCCUCUACGUGCUGUUGAAGUCCCUGGAGCCGCUGGAGAUAUACAUCGCCAAGGAGGGCCUACGAUUUUGCACGGAGCCCUACCAGGAGCCGAGCCAGAAGAACCUGAGCCACGUCUUCAUGCACCUGACCAACUACUCCCUCAACGUGCACAGCGGCAACUUCGUCCACUCGGACAGCCAGAGCACCGGCAGCAAGCGCACGCUGUCCAGCGUGCUGUACCGGCUGGCGGCCAAAGGCGUGGACAUCAAGAAGGUGUGGUCCGACAUCAUCGCGCUCGUCAUCAAGACCGCCAUCGCCGUGGUGCCCGAGCUCAGAGUCCACCAUCAGGCCGACAUCCCGCCCGGGAAACCGGGACCCACGUGCUUCCAGAUUUUAGGUUUUGACAUCUUGCUGAUGAAGAACCUGAAGCCGGUGUUACUAGAGGUCAACUCCAACCCCAGUAUGAGGAUAGAACAUGAGCAAGAGAUGGCACCAGGAGUUUUUGAAUAUGUUCCCAGUCCGGUCGACGAAGAGGUCAAAGUGGGCGUGAUCAGGGACACUCUGCGCCUCAUGGACCCCGGCCGCAAGAAACCUUCAAUCUCCCAGGUGAAGGCGGGACAGGAGAUCCCCAUGGAGGCGGAGCCCCGAGAGAGGAGCCCGGAGGACGGCGCUCUGCCCUCGCUGUGCCUGAAGCAGGUCUACCCCAAGUACACCAAGCAGUUCAACCACCUGAGGCUGGUGGAGCGCAUCGCAGCGCUCUUCCUCCGCUUCCUGGGCGUCAAGGGCAACAUGCGGCUGGGCCCCACGGCCUUCAGAACCUUCAUCAGGACCUGCAAGCUGAGCAACAGCAACUUCUCCAUGGCCUCCGUGGACAUCCUCUACAUCGACAUCACCCGCCGCUGGGCAGGAGCAACGGCCGAUUCUAGAGAAGCAGGUAUGGGUCUGCAGGCCUUCGUGGAAGCCUUCUUCCAUCUGGCCGGUCGCCGGUUCAAAUCCCUGCCGCUGAGGCAGCAGGUGGCGUCCCUGCUGGAGCUGUGCGAGGCGCGGCUCGAGGCCCCGAGCGGCGUGGAGGAGCGGCGCUCCGUGAGCUGCAGCCGGGCGACGCCGCCGCGAGCCGCCAAGGCUCAGACGCCGGGCCUCGCCAACCCCCAGCCGGGCUCCCCGGACCCCCCGAGGAGGGCCUCCAGCCAGGAGCCCCGGCUGCACCAGAGACUCAGGCCUCGCACGCUGAGGGCCAACGUGGAGAACUGACGACGGCGAGCCCAAACACACCGCCCUCAGCCUCCUGGUGGCGCUCGCUGGAAGAC